GAGGCAAAGUGUUAGUAGUUGAUGUAGUGUCGAUGUCUACUCCAUGGCUAGUUCUGGCUUUUUUCCUGCAAUGCUGCCUCAUUGCUAGCUUUGAUCAUCCCUUAGAUCCCCUAAACCCUUCUGAAAUUAACCGGAUAAAAAACAUAGUUGAGAAGUCUAGACUUGGUACUCUUCCUAACCUUACUUUCCACUUUGUGGAUCUUGAUGAGCCAGAGAAAACAGACGUUCUCGCUUGGCUAUCCUCAAACAAGCAGAGUAGUCCUGUUCUUCCACGGAGAGCUAAGGUGGUUGUUCGAGCUGGAUUCGCGACUCAUGAACUCAUUGUAGACUUGGCCUCAAGUUCAAUCAUAUCAGAUUGUAUCUACACUGGUCACGGGUACCCUCCUCUCACUUUCAUUGAACUUUUCAAAGCUAGCAAAUUGCCUUUGAAUUAUCCAAAAUUCAAGGAGUCAAUUCUAAGUAGGGGCUUAAACUUGUCUGAAGUUUCUUGCAUACCCGUCACAGUUGGUUGGUAUGGAGAAAUUAUCACACGUAGAGCCCUUAAAGUUACAUGCUUCUAUCGAGGGGGCGCUGUUAAUGUCUUUGCAAGGCCCAUUGAAGGAAUCAGCAUGCUUGUUGACGUUGACACAAUGCAAAUCACCAUGUAUAUGGAUAGAUUUAGGGUCCCUUUGCCUAAGGCCGAGGGAACUGAUUUUCGAUCACCAGACAACAAGACUACAUCAGUCACUUGUAAUGUGACGGACAAUGGAUUCAGAAUUGAAGGACACAUUGUAGAAUGGGAAAACUGGAGAUUCCAUGUGGGAUUCGAUGCUCGAGCUGGAAUUAUAAUAUCAACAGCUUCAAUUUUUGAUGCAAAGGAAAGCAAGUUCAGGAGUGUACUAUACAGGGGUCAUGUUUCUGAGACAUUUGUUCCAUAUAUGGAUCCUACCAGAGAAUGGUAUUUUAAGACAUUCAUGGACAUAGGCGAAUAUGGGUUCGGAAGAGCUGCUGACACCCUACAGCCACUGAUAGAUUGCCCAGACAAUGCAGUGUACAUGGAUGGGUAUGUGGCUGGGGCAGAUGGGCAGGCACAGAAAAUGCCCAAGGUGAUUUGCAUUUUCCAAAGGUAUACUGGCAAUGUUGCAUGGAGACAUACUGAAAUUAAUGUUCCUGGAAAAAUUAUAAAGAGUGGGGAACCAGAAACAACUUUGGUAGUUAGAAUGGUAGCCACUGUGGGAAACUAUGACUAUGUUCUUGAUUGGGAAUUCAAGAAGAGUGGUUCCAUUAAAGUUGGGGUGGGUCUGACAGGUAUUUUGGCAAUGAAGGGCACGUCAUACACAAAUAACGACCAGAUAACGGAAAACGUUUACGGCACCUUAGUGGCAGAUAACACCGUCGCCGUUAAUCAUGACCAUUUCCUCACUUAUUACCUGGAUCUCGACAUCGACGGUAACGGCAACUCCUUUGUGCAAGCCAAGAUGCAAACGGCAAGAGUAACGGACGUUCACGCCUCGCCGAGAAAAAGUUACUGGAAGGUCGUUCCGACGACCGCCAAAAGGGAAGCCGAGGCUAAGGUUCGGCUUGGCUUGGAGCCAGCCGACCUUCUGGUUGUGAAUCCAAAUAAGAAGACGAAGCUGGGGAAUCAAGUUGGUUAUCGGCUUAUUACAGGGCAGCCGGUUAGUUCCCUGUUGUCCGAUGACGAUUAUCCUCAGAUUAGGACAGCUUAUACUAGGUACCAAGUUUGGGUGACGGCCUAUGACAAGUCGGAGAGGUGGGCCGGCGGGUUUUAUGCCGACCGGAGUCGAGGAGAUGAUGGCUUGGCCGUUUGGAGCAAGAGGAACAGAGUGAUAGAAAACAGAGACAUAGUUCUUUGGUACACCGUUGGGUUCCAUCACAUCCCAUAUCAAGAAGAUUUUCCAGUAAUGCCAAGGCUUCAUGGCGGAUUUGAGCUUCGGCCUGCGAAUUUCUUUGAAAGCAAUCCUUUACUUUGCAGGAACACAAGAAUCCACCCAGCAUGUUCUACAGGCUGAGAACACAGAAACAACUUCGUAGUUUUUUCACUUAAGAACAAAUGUAUCUUUUAAAGACUGUAACUUUCCUUCACAUCUUUAUGGUAAAGUGUUAGACAAAAAUGCAUGAUGUGGUAACAAAUCAGUCCAUUGGUAGUAUAUCCAUGACGUGAGUAACCAUACAUAUGUAAUUGCAAUGCAGCAAUGUGGAAGAUCACCAACAUUAAGAUCUUCAAUCAACUUUCCUUGGUCAU